AUGAAGCUCCAUUUCCAAGUCUCAUCACUCAUACUACUCUUGCUACCAAUAGCAUCCUUUCAUUUUGUCACCUCGGAUCUCGAAUCAGACUCCACUGCCCUUUUGGAUUUUGCCAACACUGUCAGACACGCGCGGAAGCUCAACUGGAAUCAAUCAACCUCAGUGUGCACCUCAUGGAUCGGCAUCACUUGCACACAGGACAAAACCCGGGUGAACGAAAUCCAUCUGCCGGGUUUUGGGCUCUACGGCCCGCUCCCACCCAACACCCUCAGCCGCCUAAAUGCUCUUCGGCUCCUCAGCCUACGUUCUAACUACCUAAAUGGGACACUACCUUCCGACCUUCUCUCGCUGCCUUCACUUGAGUUCAUCUUCCUUCAGAAUAAUAACUUCUCGGGCGAGCUUACUCUGUCUCUUCCCUCCAAGUUGAGGAUGAUUGAUCUUUCUUUCAAUUCUUUUCGUGGUGAGAUCCCUUUGGUGCUUGGGAACUUGACGAGGCUGUCCGUGUUAAACCUUCAGUCUAACUCGUUUCACGGGAAUAUACCGAAUCUUGACCUUCAUAGUGUUAAAAUCUUGAACUUGAGCCAUAACUCCUUGAGUGGAGCGAUCCCGGAUUCCCUUAGAAACUUCCCUGCUUCAUCGUUUGCAGGGAACGAGCGUUUAUGUGGGGCCCCUUUGAAUAAUUCUUGCUCCCCCGCGUCUCCUUUUCCUUCUCAUGAUAAAAGCUUUUACGGAUCGAGAAAGCUGCUCAACAUGGGAGCCAUGAUAGCUAUAGCCAUUGCUGGAGCUUGUGUUGUCAUCCUCAUAUUCUCAGCAAUUGUGUUUUUGUGGUUGAAAAGGAAAAACAAUGGAAAAACCAGACUGAUCAUAGCUAAGAACGCAAACGUGGGGAAUAACUUGAAAUCGGAUGAUUUUGGGAGUGGGGUGCAGGGAGGUGAGAAGAACAAACUCGUGUUUUUUGAGGGAUGCUCGUAUAGCUUUGACCUGGAAGACCUGUUGAGGGCCUCGGCUGAGGUUCUCGGGAAAGGGAGUUAUGGGACAGCUUAUAAGGCCAUUCUGGACGAGUCAACUACGGUUGUGGUGAAGAGGUUGAAGGAUGUGGGGAUUGGGAAAAAGGAGUUUGAGCAGCAAAUGGAGAGUGUGAGUGGGGUCAGCCAGCACCCUAAUGUGGUUCCGCUGCUCGCUUAUUAUUUCUCCAAGGACGAGAAGCUUCUGGUUUACCGGUACAUGCUUGGUGGAAGCUUAUACGCAGCAUUGCACGACAAGAGAGGCAAGAGAGGGAGAGGGGUGGAGUGGGAGUGGAGGCUGAAGAUGGCCCUGAGCGCAGCCCGUGGGGUGGCUCACAUCCACUCGCAUCAGCACGUGCACGGGAACAUCAAGUCCUCCAACCUACUACUCCUCAGCCUGGAGGAAGCCUGCAUAUCCGACUUCGGCCUCAGCCCCAUGAUGAGCUUCAUCCCCGUCAACUACCACCAAGCCCCUGAGGUGAUGGAGACCCGCAAAGUCAGCCAAAAGUCGGACGUCUACAGCUUUGGGCUCGUCCUGCUCGAGUUGCUCACAGGAAAAUCACCUCUACACUGCUCCGAUCUGCCAAGGUGGGUGCGGUCAGUGGUUCGGGAGGAGUGGACCGCAGAGGUUUUUGAUGCCGAGCUCACAAAGGAGAAUUAUAAGUAUGUUGAGGAGGAGAUGGUGCAGCUGCUUCAGAUUGGGCUGUCGUGUGUAGCCAAGGUGGCCGACAUGAGACCCCGAAUGGACGAGGUUGUUCGAAUGAUCCAGGAUGUUAGGACGGAGGAUAAUCGCGACACGCCUUGA